AUGCUCGCCACGCCUGACUUGUCACAUCUGACGAGGGCGGAUUGGGAGCAUGUGUAUGAGCCAGCCGAGGAUACAUUCGUCCUCCUUGAUGCCCUUGAGCUUGACGCAGCUUGGCUCCGAUCGCGUCAACAUUGCGUCUGCCUCGAACUAGGCUCAGGGUCAGGCUGUGUGUCCGCAUUCCUGGCAAAGAUCAUUGGGAACCAGCAUCUCUUCCUCGCGACUGAUCUCAAUCCUUAUGCAUGCUCAGCCACGGCCCGCACGGCUGCUCGGAAUGAGGUGGCUGUGGACAUAGCACAAGCGGAUCUCUUCAGUGGCCUGAAAGACCGCCUGAAAGGGCGCAUCGACGUACUCAUCUUCAAUCCGCCUUACGUGGAGACGGAAGAGGACGAGCAACUUGAAGCACAGAUGGGCAAAGAUGUACAAGGUGCCUGGGCGGGCGGCGAUGGAGGCAUGACAGUCACGAAUCGCGUCCUUGAUGCUUUGCCAGACCUGCUGUCGGCUCGCGGCAUAUUCUAUCUAGUAGCGAUUUCGCAGAACGAUCCGCAAGCUAUCAUCGAGAGUCUCAACAGUCGGCACUUCUUCGCUCAGAUCAGUCUGAAGCGCAGAGCUGGACGUGAGCAUCUGCACAUCAUUCGUUGCACGCGCUAG